AUGCACAUGUUUUAUAAUAACGCAGGACUCAGGAGCCUCUGCUCUACAGCCUCUGCUCUACAGUCUGUGCUCUACAGUCUCUGCUCUACAGCCUCUGCUCUACAGCCUGUGUUCUACAGCCUCUGCUCUACAGCCUCUGCUCUACAGCCUGUGUUCUACAGCCUCUGCUCUACAGCCUCUGCUCUACAGUCUGUGCUCUACAGCCUCUGCUCUACAGCCUCUGCUCUACAGUCUGUGCUCUACAGUCUCUGCUCUACAGCCUCUGCUCUACAGCCUGUGUUCUACAGCCUCUGCUCUACAGCCUCUGCUCUACAGUCUGUGCUCUACAGUCUCUGCUCUACAGCCUCUGCUCUACAGCCUGUGUUCUACAGCCUCUGCUCUACAGCCUCUGCUCUACAGUCUGUGCUCUACAGCCUCUGCUCUACAGUCUGUGUUCUACAGCCUCUGCUCUACAGUCUGUGCUCUACAGCCUCUGCUCUACAGUCUGUGCUCUACAGUCUGUGCUCUACAGCCUCUGCUCUACAGCCUGUGCUCUACAGCCUCUGCUCUACAGUCUGUGCUCUACAGUCUGUGCUCUACAGCCUCUGCUCUACAGCCUCUGCUCUACAGUCUGUGCUCUACAGCCUCUGCUCUACAGUCUGUGUUCUACAGCCUCUGCUCUACAGUCUGUGUUCUACAGCCUCUGCUCUACAGUCUGUGCUCUACAGUCUGUGCUCUACAGUCUGCUCUACAGCCUGUGCUCUACAGUCUGCUCUACAGUCUGUGCUCUACAGUCUGUACUCUACAGUCUGCUCUACAGCCUGUGCUCUACAGUCUGUGCUCUACAGUCUGCUCUACAGUCUGUGCUCUACAGCCUCUGCUCUACAGUCUGUGCUCUACAGUCUGUGCUCUACAGUCUGCUCUACAUCUGUGCUCUACAGUCUGCUCUACAGCCUGUGCUCUACAGUCUGCUCUACAGUCUGUGCUCUACAGUCUGCUCUACAGCCUGUGCUCUACAGUCUGUACUCUACAGUCUGCUCUACAGCCUGUGCUCUACAGUCUGUGCUCUACAGUCUGCUCUACAGUCUGUGCUCUACAGCCUCUGCUCUACAGUCUGUGCUCUACAGCCUCUGCUCUACAGUCUGUGCUCUACAGCCUCUGCUCUACAGUCUGUGCUCUACAGCCUCUGCUCUACAGUCUGUGCUCUACAGUCUGCUCUACAGCCUCUGCUCUACAGUCUGUGCUCUACAGUCUGCUCUACAGCCUGUGCUCUACAGUCUGCUCUACAGCCUGUGCUCUACAAGUGAGAUAACACAGACUUUGAUGUUGUUUUUGCUCAGUGUUUGCAGCAGCAGUGAUCUUCCCGUGACCCGGAUGUUGCUGGAGCUGGUUCUGGCGGUGGGGCUGGGGGCGCUCCUGCUCCUGGUGCUGAAUAAGUGGAAACAGUCAAAUGUCCUGCAGACGGAGGACGGAUGGUGGGGAGUGGGAGAGAGACCAGAGGGAGAGGAGGACGCUUCCAUCCGACCCUUUCAUCUGAGCUACAGUGAGGCAGAGUUAGAGGACCUGCACAGACGUCCCUCUCUCAGUCCCUCUCUCAGUCCCUCUCUCAGUCCCUCUCCCAGUCCCUCUCUCAGUCCCUCUCUCAGUCCCUCUCUCAGUCCCUCUCUCAGUCCCUCUCUCAGUCCCUCUCCCAGUCCCUCUCUCGGUCCCUCUCCCGGUCCCUCUCUCAGUCCCUCUCCCGGUCCCUCUCUCAGUCCCUCUCUCAGUCCCUCUCUCAGUCCCUCUCUCAGUCCCUCGCCCAGUCCCUCUCUCAGUCCCUCACCCAGUCCCUCUCUCAGUCCCUCUCUCAGUCCCUCUCCCGGUCCCUCUCUCAGUCACUCUCUCAGUCCCUCUCUCAGCUCCCCUCUCCCAGUCCCUCUCUCAGUCCCUCACUCAGUCCCUCCCAGUCCCUCUCUCAGUCCCUCUCUCAGUCCCUCUCUCAGUCCCUCUCUCAGUCCCUCUCCCGGUCCCUCUCUCAGUCCCUCUCUCAGUCCCUCUCUCAGUCCCUCUCUCGGUCCCUCUCCCGGUCCCUCUCUCAGUCCCUCUCUCAGUCCCUCUCUCAGUCCCUCUCUCAGUCCCUCUCUCAGUCCCUCUCUCAGUCCCUCUCCCUGUCCCUUUCUCAGUCCCUCUCUCAGUCCCUCUCUCAGUCCCUCUCUCAGUCCCUCUCUCAGUCCCUUGCCCAGUCCCUCUCUCAGUCCCUCUCUCAGUCCCUCUCUCAGUCCCUCUCUCAGUCCCUCUCCCAGUCCCUCUCUCAGUCCCUCUCUCAGUCCCUCUCCCAGUCCCUCUCUCAGUCCCUCUCUCAGUCCCUUGCCCAGUCCCUCUCUCAGUCCCUUGCCCAGUCCCUCUCUCAGUCCCUCUCUCAGUCCCUCUCCCAGUCCCUCUCUCAGUCCCUCUCUCAGUCCCUCUCUCAGUCCCUCUCUCAGUCCCUCGCAGCUGUGUGACCCUGUGAGUGCCACGCAGACCUCUGGAGGAGAGAAGAAGAAAGAGAAAGUUUGA